AUGGAGCCCUCUCUUCUGCGCAUGCUGUCGUCGAACAGCGAGAACGAGCUGAGAAAAGGUGCAGAGCAGCUCGCACACGAGUUGGCUGUGAAUGGGUCGACAACAAGCAGUCUGAUACAGGCAAGACUAGAUGCCUCACGGGGACACGAGCCUUGGGAUGACGGCUGCAUGUGCUGGCAGGCGCUUAAGGAAGCAUUGUCGAUCAAGACCGUCCACAAGAUUGUGAGUCACCUGUUAUCCGUCGUGACGGGGGAGCCAGAUGACGCACGGAGAGAAGCGAUUAUGCUGGGUGCGAUCUGGGCGAUCUGCAAGAACAAGGAACUUGUUGACAACCUCUUUCUCCAAGAUGAAAAGAGUGUUGAGGAUUUGUGCGAUCGACUGUUCUCGUGCUUGUCGAAAUGUGCCUCUCACAAAAAUCGACAGUUUGCAGUCUUUGCUGUCUUCUUCGUGCAGCGCCUGAGUGAAAAUACGAAAGCAAGGCGGAAUAUUUUGAUGAAUUUUCCUGUCAACCUCAUCCUCGAAAAAUUUUCAAACACCACGCAAAUGGAAUGGAUGUUUGAUGAGACAAAUGAGUCAUUGCUAUUUGCUUAUUCCUCGCGACAAGAUCCUGAUGCGACCGAGCACUACGUAGCAGAUCUCUGGUAUUCAGCUUUCCCCAUAAUGAGGGUGUUCUUGCAGUUCCGACUAGAACAAGCGGUGGCGGAUGUUGUGUAUUCACUUGGAAACAUUGCACAUUUCGAAACUGGGAGGGAGUUAAUCAUGGCGUACUUUGAUGUCGAGACCUUCGUGAAAGGCAUCUUCAGAGUCUUGAAGCUGGCCUGUGAGGAUUAUGUGUCUGAUGCUGCGUGGGCGAUACGAAGUUUUACCAGAGAUAAGACCUUCUUGCGAGCCCUACUUGUCCAAAUUGAUUUUGUGGACGGCGUCAUCAUAGCUCUGUCAAGACUCUUGAGAUCUUCUGAUUUUUUCCACGUUUGUGAUGCUGCUUGCUGCAUCGCCUCGCUAUCUGCCACCUCGUUUGGACAGGUGACUCUUCUCGACCACGUCGAGGCGGUCAAGAUGGUUCAGAGCUUGGUUUCGAAUGCUCUCUCGUCGAAUCACUACGUCCGAGACGGAUGCCUUGCGGCUCUUGCAGCUCUUGGUAUAGAUACGAUGUCGGCCCUGAAACAAUUCGGGUGUCACGAAAGGAAUGUGUCGGAAAAACAAAUGUUGGAGAUUGUCGAUGCUCUGCGACACAUGGAUUUUGAAUCAGCUGUGAAUGCUUCAGUCAGGCUACGGAAAAUGCCAGUGCAGACCCAAGACAAGUCUGGGAGGGAAGGUUCUGAGCAACAGGGAAACACGUCAGAGCAACAAUUUGCACUUGAUACGAUCGCCGUCAAUUCAAUAGACGGCCGAUUUGCACGAUCGUCGUCAUUGCAGUGCCUCACGUCGGAUAUGCUCUUCGAGCAUUGCGGCGGAAUAUUUCAUUCAUCUGAAAGCCGAGACGUUCAAGGUUCGCUGCAAAUGGAUCUCAGCGAUGAGCUAAACUUCGAAGGGAUAGAGCGGGAUAGAGGUGGUGAAGGCAAUUCUAAAGCCCCAUGCACUGAGUCAGAUGAAAAAGUCAACGUUGUAGAGUUGGUUCAAGCUCUGCAGGAUAGGUUAGUGGUACGUUGGAAGCCUACGUUUCCAGAACAAACCAUACGAUGUCGAUUCGUUUACGAUGGUGGGUGUGGUACAGGGUAUCGCAAUGUGUGCACCUUGGAGAGGAAUGACGUCAAAGAGGAUGGCAAAUACUAUUGUGAGAUUGGCGAUUUGAUGCCAGGGAGGGAGUACAAGGUCCUGGCAAUCGCCAAGACAAUAUUCAAACCCUGCCAUGGUGCCAUGACGAUGUUCGAUACCAAGGGAAUCUUCAAGACUCUUGCUGCUGUCCCGUCUGCUCCUGACAAGAUCACGUUGUCUACUAAGAGCCGGACAGCCUUGAAGAUUAAAUGGGUUCAGCCUGAGUCAGGGGGCUUGGAUAUUACGGGGUAUGAGGUGGAAUGGUGCAAAGCGAUGAUGGACGAGGGUGGGAAUUUAGUGCCUGAAGAGUCUUGGGUUAGGGCAACUCCUGUGUUGGGCCCUGGAGAAACGUCGUGGAAAUGCAAUAAGUUGUCUCCAGGCUCCUGCUAUGGAUUUCAAGUGCGAGCAAUGAACGACGAAGGGGCUGGGAAUUUCUGCCCACCUGCAUUCUUCUACACUUCGGCAUCUGUGCCCUCUGCUCCAGUUGAGAUUCGUACAGUCGAAGAUGCUAACGAGAAGCAUGGAGGAAUCACUCUCGAAUGGGACGUUCCCAACUCAAAUGGUGACCCCAUCUCGAAUUACAUCUUGGAGCAGCAGGACUUUACCUCUGGCAGUCCUUUCAUGGUCAUCAUGAACGGCAAUGCUACUCGCCAUUCCGUGAGGGGCCUGGAGGCUGGCAAGGUGUACAAGUUCAGGGUGAAGGCAUGUAACGGGGAGGGCGCAGGACAGUAUAGUCCUCUGUUUACCACUUCAGGGAUCUCUAGCCCUCCAGCGAUGUGUAGCGCUCCUAUCCUUGUGAAGGCAAACAAGACAAGUCUGCGGAUCAGAUGGACGGAGCCGGAGUGUAACGGAGCUGAGAUCACGUCUUAUCGUGUGCAGCUGGCGGAGGCGGUCGGUGCGGCGAACAGCAAGAAGAUGAAGUUCACGGUUGCCUGGGAAGGGAAGGAGUGCACAUGCGAGCUGCGUGAGGGUUUGACGGCAGGGAAGAAGUAUCAUGUUCGUGUGAUAGCGUGCAACCUCAUCGGUGAGAGUGAGCCCGGAGCUGUUUCUGUCCUUGAAACGCUGCCGAGCGUGCCAGCACCCCCGACGAACAUCUCGAUGCUGAACAGAGGCUCGUCCACUGUGACUAUCGGGUGGGAACCCCCCAGCGACGACGGGGGUGCGGCGAUCGUUUCGUAUCAGUUAGAGGUGAAGUGCGACAAAGAUCUGCGGAAGUUGGACGUUGCUGGUGAAAAGAGCGAGGCGGAGAUCGGCGAUUUGGUACCGGACUACAAGUACUCGAUUCGCAUCCGUUGUGCGAACCGAACUGGUUGGGGCAGCCUUUCCGAGCAGUUCAACUUCUCUACAGCCUUGCCCGUUCCUGGCGCUCCAGGAGUGCCUCGGCUGAUCACAUCUCGUCCUACGUCGUUGAGCAUCCGGUGGGAGGCGCCGGUGGGAUACCUUGCGAUUGAAAGUUAUCGAGUUCACAUCAUUCCGGAGAGCACAGAGGUCAAGGGGAUGAUACCAGAGUUCCUUGCGACCAAGUCAGACGAGACUCGACUGGACGUCGCGGGGUUGAGGCCGGGCUAUGGUUAUCGUAUCAGGGUGCAGGCGAAGAAUAAGAGCGGGUAUGGAGAUUUCGGGCCAGCGGUCGUCUUCCGGACUGACUCCACCCUGCCUGUGCCAACCAACUUGCAGUCGCUCAUAGUCGAGGGAGAGAACGAUACUCUGAUCGCAAUCUGCUCUUGGGAUAGACCGGAGGGUGCCGGUUCAAGCAUCACCUAUCACGUUGAGAUCGAUGAAGGCGGAGAGGGCAGCACGAACUUCUAUGAGGUGUACGUGGGUAGCGCAACCCAGCACUCGCACACUGUCGAGCCGGGAAAGACGUACAAGUUUCGUGUGCGUGCUGUCUCCAGCACAGGGAGCAGCGGGUGGAGUGUGAUCAAGGGGUUCUUGCGGUCAAGCAACGGUCAAUGUGUGCCUGAUGCAGUCUCAGCGAGGGUGCUGGAGGACCAGCAGACUGUCGUCGUCUCAUGGAAGCCUCCCAUUGGUUCUUUGCCGACGACUUACCAGUUGAAGAUAGAUGGAGUGGAGGGCAAGAAGCAACGGAGCGACGAGGGUCUGGACUGCGUCUGCACUGACUUGCCGGAGGGGCUGCACAGGUUUCAGGUCCGUGCGUUUGUGAUGGGGAAGUGGAGAGACUGGUCGAAGGAAGUUUCGCUGUACAUUCCAGGCAAACAACCACUGGUGAACAACAAUCAGUUCAUAGUCAAGGGGGUGAAACACGAAGACGAAUUGCUUCAGAUUAUCUCUGAAGGAGAGAGGCAGGCAAGGGAUGGGUCCAAGAACGAAUCGUUUUACAGGAGAAAUUCUCCCGAAGUAGCGCCUGCCAACUCGUGGAACGUGCAGGAUGCGGUAGGGAGCUUGUUUCCCCCGGAGAUGAAAGCGAUGGAUGCGCAAGAUGCUGUGCUGGACGCGCGCGAGCCCUCCGUCCUCUCUGCCUUUGCUGAUGGCACGUUGGAGUCAGACACGAAGCCGACGGCUUGUUUGAAUAUGUAUCAUAGCCAAAGUCCCAACCCCACGGAACAGCUGGACCCCGAGGCUCAGGGGUUCCCUAGCCUAGGUCUCUCCUUCUCCUCCUCUAGCUCGGCGCCUCAGCCUCCCUCUGCUUCCUUCGGCUCCUCUGAGCCCACCUGGAGCGAGAAGCUCCAGGCCAACUUGGGGAUCCCUAGGAUGACUUCGCCGUUUCAACCUGAUCCUGCUGUCACUCUGCCAGUCAUGACCGCCAUGCCGUCGAAGCAGAUGGCUGCCGAUCCCUCGUUGCUGCGAGCGAACCAGUGGGAGGGCAGCGCGACAGCUCGCAUGUCGCCCGUCGUCUUCCAUGCCGAGAAGAUCAUAGCGAGUGCAGAUGACCCAAGGGGAGCGGGCAUGGAGGAUGACAAGGUCUUGAAGGGCCUCGGAGAUGUGUUUCCGGGGAGAAUCCCUCCGGUCGUCUUGAACGAUGGCGAUCUGGGCAUGAAGAAACCAAACGACGUGCACGAGAAGCCUUCGAGUCUUGGAGGAGUGACGCUGGACGAGUUGCAUCAGAAGCAGGAGGGCGAGGAGGGCAACGACCUGGGGCAGGAGGAAGCCUUUGCCUUCGACAGCCCUGAGACGGAGGGAUACUUCGUGCACGGCAAGUUUGUCGGCUCGUGGGAGAUGGCGAAUGCAAGCGCUGAAGGGGAGAGCGCGCCCGACCCGCAGGCAUCGAUGGAUCAGUAUGGGCUAAACUUGCAGCCGCAACCGUCGCGAUCAUUCGGCGACAUCAUGGGCCAGCAGGCAAAGCCGGGAGCUUCGCUCUUCACCAGCCCUCUCGUCUACUCGCCCUUCGCCGACGCCAACGCCUUGCCGCUCAACACCGCGAGUAAGGAGCCGAUGCAGAGUCAGCCGGCGAGGUUCCAGCCCUUCGAUACCUUCGACGUCCCUGCGGUUCUUCUGCCUCAACAGGCGGCAGCUCAAGGGGAGCUGCAUGGGCCCGACCGGCAUCAGCUGCUGUGGAAGGCGCCGGGGAUGCACGAGAUGGAUGAGGCGGAGGAGUACUCCUCGCUCAUCUCCUCCAUCCCUUCCGGUCUCCUCGACGACACAGAGCAUGAGCUUCUCUUCAUGCGCGGACGGAGCGGCAAAGGGUCGGCCAAUUCAACCCCGACUGAGUCGAGCUACCAAGGAGGGAUGACGAGCUUCUCGUCGUGGGAUGCUGCAGCUCCAGGCCUGCUGAAGGAGACGUCCUUCUCCUCCUCCUCUUCUCUGCAGGCCCAAGGGGAGGGGAACGUCUCCUCUAACCCAGCUGGUUCUCAAGGGAGGGAUGUAGUCGGUGUGGAGCAGAACGGCUUGUCCAGCAUGGUCGACGGCGACGGUCAAGAUGUCAACGGGCAGCAGCAGGAGAUGCUUGUUCCCUCCAUCGAAGAGAUCUUCAAGGCUCAACUCCAGAGAAGUCAGCCCCGGGACGAGAACGGGCAGGAAGGAGCUGGGAAGGUGCUGGGGAAGGAGAAGGAGGGCUACUUUCCAGCCGGCUACUCGGAGCAGAGGGGGGGGCCGGGCUCGGACGUCUUCGUACAGUGCAUCCCAGUCACUGAGGUGCUCAGUGAGGUGCUGAGGGGCACGACCUACUCCGAGGCGGACUUCAAUGGCCAGCAUCGGGAACUUCUGUGGGGCCUGACGUUCUCCGACGCCAACGUCUUCCUUGAGACCGCCAGAACCCUCCUGCUUCAAACUCCUCGCACGCAGCAAGCUGCUGGCGACCUGCCAGGGUGGAUCCAACAGGUCUUGUUGCGAUCGCGUGAGGCAGUCAAGAGGAGCCUCAACCUCGUCAACCCUGCCAACAAAGUUCAGCGCAAGACGGAUCAGAACUCGAUGCUCCCGCACCUCUUCCAGGAGCUCUGCCAUGGGACCUGCGUCAGUGUCUUCGACGUUGACAAGCAGCACUUUCAGGUCCUCGCCGGCAUCCCCCUGCAGGAUCUGCUCCCCAUCGUGAAGCUCGCCAGGACCAUGCUGUUGCAGUUCGCGUCGAAGCGCACAGAGGUGAGGAAGCCCGCGGCUCUCCUUCACAACAUCCUCCUCUCCUCUAAGGAUCGGGCGAGGGAGGAGAGAGACGCUCGGGUCAAGAAGGAAAAGCCCUUCGAGUCUUCGACGAACAACAUGACCAACUUCCAAGGCGUUCACAGCAGCGACUUGAAUCCAGCCGUGAAGAAGUGUGUCAAGGAGCUGACAAGUCAGACCUGCUUCGAGGACUCUGACUUCGAGAAGCCGCACGUCUCGCUCCUCUUGGGGAUGCAGCCCACCGUUGCCUGCUCCGUCCUCCGUCACGUCAAGACGCGGCUGGCGAAGGCGAAGCGGAAAGAUCACAGGAGCCCCUCGGCCUUCCUGCUCGGUGCCUUGACGACGGCAGCUCGAGCAGCUUGCAACGCGUCAGGAACUUCGUUGACGGCCGAAGCUCAGGUUGAGGCUCUUCGGGAUCAGAUCCGCCGGAUGGGAGCUGCUCCAGACUUCUGA